AUGUCCAGUGAGAGCCAAGGGUCCGCUGGCAACGAGGAAGACUCUUUGUCCCGUCUGAAGCUCGGGUAUCGCGCUGUUUCGGACCCCGAUUUCUCUUCAAAACUCCUCUCUCCUCCCCUCUCCACUUGCAUCAUUCAAUCUUCAACUGCUUCAUUCCUCUACCUAAAUUCCCCGAAAUAA